UCUCUCUCUCUCUCUCUCUCUCUCUCUCUCUACGUUCCAUCCCGAUUCCAAAACCCUUAACCCAGACCUUUCGUUUUUCAGAUUAAUUUCCGAAAUUAAGAUUUUAAUUAUUUGGAGAUGUUAAUUUCUUAUUUUAUUUUAUUUUUUGUUGAGGAUUUUAAGUUGAUAGUAUAAUAUAUAAGCGGGGGCCUUAGCAAUCUGAAGCCUAUAUAAGGUAUUGUGAUGAUGGAGGUAAGACAUAUAUAGCAUACGCUUUCUUGCUUACAACUCACGUUAUAUUGGCUCACUCUCACUCUUUAAACACACCCCCCUCCUCCUACCCUUUUCAUUCGGCUCCGUCACAAAUAAACGACUUGGUUCUGAUAUACGCACCCCAAUUUGAUCGUCGUCGUUAAAUAUGGGCGAGGAUGACGGAAUGGUUUUUAGUUUAGUGGUGAGAGAGUUCGAUCCCAUCAAGGAUUGCGAAAUGGUUCAAGACGUUGAGAGGCGGUGCGAGGUCGGUCCCAGCGGCGGACUCUCCCUCUUUACCGACCUCCUUGGCGACCCGAUUUGCAGGGUCCGCCAUUCUCCUGCCUAUCUCAUGCUGGUGGCGGAGGUGGUGGGGGCGGAGAAGGAGAGAGAGAUAGUUGGGAUGAUAAGAGGUUGCAUCAAAACCGUUACAUGCGGCAAGAAGCUCGCUAGAAAUGGUAAAAGCGUUACUGCUGGCGAUGUCACUCUCAAGCCCCUCCCUGUUUACACCAAACUCGCUUACAUCUUGGGCCUCCGCGUCUCUCCUUCUCACAGGAGGAUGGGAAUAGGGUUAAAGCUAGUGUGUAGGGUGGAGGAGUGGUUUCGAGAAAACGGGGCGGAGUAUUCGUACAUGGCCACCGAGAACGACAACCAAGCUUCCGUCAAGCUCUUCACCGACAAAUGCGGGUACGUCAAGUUCCGUACGCCCACCAUCCUUGUAAACCCGGUCUACGCCCACCGGGUCAAGGUUUCCUCCCGCGUCACCGUCAUCGAGCUUUCCCCCUCCGACGCCGAGGCACUCUACCGCCGCCGGUUCGCCACCACCGAGUUCUUCCCCCGCGACAUUGACUCAGUCCUCAACAACCGCCUCAGCCUCGGCACGUUCCUCGCCGUGCCGCGUGGCAGCGUGACGGAGGAGACGUGGCCCGGCGCGGAUCAUUUCUUGGCCGACCCGCCCGAGUCAUGGGCCAUCCUCAGCGUCUGGAACUCGAAGGACGUGUUCACAUUAGAAGUCAAAGGCGCGUCGCUCGUGAAACGCACGCUCGCGAAGACGACGAGGUUGGUGGAUCGGGCCUUGCCGUGGAUGAGGCUGCCGUCGGUUCCGGACAUUUUCAGGCCAUUCGGGGUACACUUCUUAUACGGGCUCGGAGGAGAGGGCCCACGCGCGGCAAAGUUCGUGAAGGCACUGUGCGGCCACGCGCACAACUUGGCGAAGGAGCGCGGUUGCGGGGUGGUGGCGACGGAGGUGUCGAGCGGCGAACCACUGAGGUUAGGAAUCCCGCACUGGAAGAGGCUAUCGUGUGACGAGGACAUGUGGUGCAUCAAGCGACUCGGGGAGGACUACAGUGACGGCUCUGUCGGUGACUGGACAAAGUCGGCACCUGGCAUGUCCAUUUUUGUCGACCCCAGAGAAAUCUAAUUCCGUAAAGAAUCCGAAUUAGUUUCCGACUUUCUCUUCUUUUUUUCUUUUUUUUUUGGCUUCUUUUUCUUUAUUAUUUUCCUUUUUUGGUUUUAUAUUUUGGGCCUGCCAUUGUAACUUGGUUGUGACCCUAGGUGGGUAGAGUACGCAAGUGUUGGGGGUGGUAAUAGAGAAGAAAGAAGAACAUAAGGAGAAAAACACGAGAGGAAGAGGAAGGAUGGGUUAACUUUAUAUUUUCCUAGUUAGCUAUGUAACGUUUUUUGUAAAUUGAUGUGGCAUUUUAGAUGAUC